AUGUCAUGCCGUCCUUGGAGAUGCUGCCAGACUUCCGCGAGGUUCCUGUGCUGGAAGGACAUUGACACGGACAAGUCGAAAACAGGGCACGACGGGUAUUACGACAAAGCCUGGGAUAGACGGUGUGGCUUUCACAAAGUGGAUGGUAUUUGGGAAGAGAUGCAUACCGGCCAGACGACUCUUCACGCAGACUCACGGUCACAGCGGAUAUCUUCGUUGCCUGCAGGCGUGCACAAGACAGCCUUGGGCGGACCGGACUGCGCUGGGCUUGGCUGUCACAUUCUCAAGGAGGGUACGGCAGAGGGCGAGGUGGUUGGUUUGGAAAAUUCAGCUGAGCAGGGUCUCAGGCCUGUGUUCCGCAACGGUUUAUUACACACCCUUGUCCCUUGCGCUAACUCUAACACCCGACAAUGCAACUCCCCGCCAGCCGCCGCCCAAAAGCAAAUGGGAUGA